AUGGCGGCGGCAGACAAAGACUUCAAACAACGUGAUGACCUCAAGCCGCUGCACAUACUGCAACCGGAGGGCGUCAGCUUCCGGCUUGAUGGGCAACAACUGGAGUGGCAGAAUUGGAAGAUGCAUAUUGGUAUGUCUGUUUCCUUUUCCCGAGUCGAUGCCUAUUGUCUGCAGCGUUUCACCACCGCGAAGGCCUUGCGCUGUCAACUAUCACCUACAAUGACCACGGUGAGGUGCGGCCGCUGUUUUACCGCCUUUCGUUAUCGGAGAUGGUGGUUCCAUAUGGGGCGCCAGAGUACCCUCACGGGCGAAAAUCUGCUUUCGACGCUGGAGAGUAUGGAAUGGGUAUCAUGGCCAGUGAACUGUCUCUUGGAUGUGAUUGCCUGGGCCAGAUUCAUUACAUGGUACUCCUUUUUUAUCUUCCACCAGACAUUUUGCUCAAGCUCUUGCAGUCCGGCAUUUGUCAAGCACGACGGAACAGCGGAGGUUAUCCAGAAUUGCAUUUGCAUUCACGAAGAAGAUGCUGGUGUGCUGUGGAAACACACUGAUUUCUGUCCUGGAGGAAGGGGACAGACCGUUCGUCGCCGACGCUUGGUCGUUAGCAUGGUUUGCACAUUGGCCAACUAUGAGUACAUCUUCAACUACAUGUUCUACCAAGACGGGACAAUCGAGCUUGAGAUCCGCAUGACUGGCAUAUUACAAGUAUAUGUUGCCCCCGAUGGAGAACAGCCGCUGUAUGGGACCCUCGUUGCGCCGAAUAUCAACGCUCAGUUCCACCAACACAUUUUCUCCAUCCGUGUGGACCCGAUGAUUGAUGGGCUCAACAACUCGCUUGUCGAAACGGACAUAAUGGCUUCGCCUUUUCCCACUGGGUCGACCGAAAACUUUGCUGGAAAUGCGUUCAUUGCAAAAGACACUGUCCUGACGCGGGAAUCGGGCCGCGACUUGCCGCCGCCUGGGGUCGAGCGGCGGUGGCGGAUUGUUAACCGGGGCAAGCAGCACUACAGUACGGGCAGCGAUGUCGGGUAUGCCAUAAAUAUCAAAUCCGGCGGGGUCGAGCUUAUGACAGCCCAUGACGGGUGGGUCGGGAGGCGGGCAACGUUUGCGAAGAAGCCGGUCUGGGUGUGUCGUGAUGUCGAGGGUGUGAAGGGCGGCCGGAUGUGGGCAGCAGGGAACUAUGUCCCGCAGACGAAGCAGGCGCCGGAGGACUCGAUUGGGGAGUGGGUGAAGGGGGAGGAGAGCAUCGAGGACGAGGAUUUACUCGUGUUCCUGACGAUUGGCGCGACUCAUAUUCCGCGACCAGAAGAUUGGCCAGUGAUGCCUGUCGAGCAUAUCAACAUCAACUUUAAGCCAGUUUCAUUCUUUGCAUGCAAUCCCAGUAUGGAUGUUCCUGGUGUCCAUGACCCCAAGAGCGUCCUUGCUUUUACCCCGGAUCCAAGCAACAGGAAUCAACCCUGUCAUUAA